GACAUGGCGAUGGUGGCGUGGAGGAACCCCGACGAGGGGACACUGUCCUCCCCGGUGUCGCACGUCGCUCUGCCGGUGCACGUGAACCCCUCGCCGGCCUCUCUGGAGAUGCCCCCCGCCGCGGCACCACCCACGACCGCCGUCAACAAUAGUUCUUCUUCGUCGUCCUCGUCGUCGUCGGACAAGCAGGCGAGCGCGCACAUCGAGUGCAUCGUCUGCGGCGACAAGUCCAGCGGAAAGCACUACGGCCAGUUCACCUGCGAGGGAUGCAAAAGCUUCUUCAAGCGCAGCGUGCGACGCAACCUCAGCUACACUUGCCGGGCCAGCCGAACCUGCCCGGUCGACCAGCACCACCGCAACCAGUGCCAGUACUGCCGUCUUAAGAAGUGCCUCAAAGUGGGCAUGCGGAGGGAAGCGGUGCAGAGAGGGCGGCUCCCCCCGGCGCAGUCGUUCCACGGCCAGUUCUCCCUGAGCAGCAGCGGCGAACCCCUGCAGUGCCACUCGUACCUGUCCGGUUACAUCUCGUUGCUGCUGCGGGCCGAGCCGUACGCCACGUCGCGCUUCGGCUCCCAGUGCCUGCCGGGUGGCGGCGCGGUGGGCAUCGAGAACAUCUGCGAGCUGGCGGCGCGCAUGCUCUUCAGCGCGGUGGAGUGGGCCCGCAACAUCCCCUUCUUCCCCGACCUGCAGGUGUCCGACCAGGUUGCUCUGCUGCGGCUCACCUGGAGCGAGCUGUUCGUGCUCAACGCGGCCCAGUGCGCCAUGCCGGUGCACGUGGCGCCGCUGUUGGCCGCCGCCGGCCUGCACGCAGCGCCCAUGUCGGCCGAGCGCGUGGUAGCCUUCAUGGACCACAUUCGGGUCUUCCAGGAGCAGGUGGAGAAGCUCAAGACGCUGCACGUGGACUCGGCCGAGUACUCGUGCCUCAAGGCCAUCGUGCUGUUCACUACAGAUGCUUGCGGCCUGUCGGACGCAGCGCACGUGGAAGGUCUGCAGGAGAAGUCCCAGUGCGCCCUGGAGGAGUACGUUCGAAGCCAGUACCCCAACCAGCCCAGUCGCUUCGGCCGUCUGCUGCUCCGCCUGCCGUCUCUACGUUCCGUGUCGUCAGCUGUCAUCGAGCAGCUCUUCUUCGUGCGUCUGGUGGGCAAGACGCCCAUCGAGACCCUGAUCCGUGACAUGCUGCUGUCGGGCGGAAGCUUCAACUGGCCUUACGUGCCCGUACAGUAG